AUUCAUUUGAGUUUAAUCUUCAAAUGGUGUAGGUCGUUCAACAGUUGCCUAACGUUUGCUACAUACCAGUUUUACAGGAAUCAAUAAUAAUGACUCAAGAUUCGGAACUUCUGUAUCCCAGAAAACCUGAGUUGGCGAAAGAUGAGGAAAUGGUAUCAAUGUCUCCAACAUCUGUAGUUAACGUUUCCUCUCCGUACGCCCCGAAAGCGAUUCCGUUGUUGCUGGGUCCAGAGAAUACUACGACAAUAUGUCCGUUUUGUAAUUCCAACAUCAAGACUUCCGUGAAAUAUAGAAGUACAACUCGAACACACAUAACUGCUGCACUUUGCUGUCUUAUAUGUUGCUGCUGUUGCAUCCCGUAUUGCAUGGACUCUGCGAAAAAUUCCGAUCACUACUGCCCAAGUUGCAGUAGCUAUAUCGGAACUUAUGAGAAGUAAAAUUGAAUACACAUCCAAAGAGCGGCACACCCAAAGACAUAUUUUAUGUACAUUAAAUCUACCUACUCGUACCACA